UGCCACUGUGAACCUUCAAUUCCAAGAGUAGAAACCCACAAGCAGAAGGCAGCCAUGGAGAGCCAGAACCAAGCACAGAAAGGGACCACCUUCCUCCUCACUUGUUUUAAUGGAGUCAACGCCUUAUCAGGAGUGGGGAUAUUAUCGAUCCCAUAUGCACUUUCUGAAGGAGGGUGGAUGAGCUUGCUUCUUCUUUUUAUCAUGGCAGCAGUCUGUAACUACACAGGUUUACUUUUACGACGAUGUAUGGAUGCGCACCCACUUGUCAGAACCUAUCCUGAUAUUGGUGAGCUUGCUUUUGGGUACAAAGGAAGAGCCAUGAUAUCCCUAUUCAUGUAUCUUGAGCUCUAUCUAAUCUGUGUUGAAUUUUUGAUAUUGGAGGGUGAUAAUUUAGAGAAGUUGUUUCCAAACAUGAAUUUCAAUGUUGGAAGCUUGAAAAUUGGGGGAAAACAGGGUUUUGUUCUGCUUUCAGCCCUUGUAAUCUUGCCCACAACGUGGUUAAAGAAUUUGGGUCUACUUGCCUAUGUCUCUGCUGGUGGAGUUUUGGCUUCUAUUGUUGUUGUGUGUUCUGUUGCUUGGGCUGGCGCAAUUGACCAUGUUGGAUUUCAUGAAAGAGGAACACUUGUGAGGUGGAAUGGAGUGCCCACUGCUAUCAGCUUAUUUGCAUUUAGUUACAGUGGUCAUGCAGUGCUUCCUACUUUAUGCACUUCUAUGAAAGAUAAAAGCCAGUUCCCCAGGGUGUUGGUCAUGUGCUUCAUGCUUUGCACCGUCAACUACGGAACAAUGGCUGUUUUAGGCUACCUGAUGUACGGAGAAGGCGUGAAAUCUCAAGUGACAUUAAACUUACCUGUUGGAAAGCUUAGCUCAAGGAUAGCAAUCUACACCACAUUAGUCAAUCCUUUCACAAAGUAUGCAAUUAUGAUCAGCCCAAUUUCUACAGCACUUGAAGACUGGUUUCCAUUCCGAAACAGCAGGCCUAUUAGCAUCCUUAUCAGAACAGUACUGUUGAUCAGCACUGUCGUUGUGGCACUAAGCAUUCCAUUUUUUGGGUACCUAAUGGCGUUCAUUGGAGCAUUUUUAAGUGUCAUGGUCUCCAUUUUGCUGCCAUGCACCUGCUAUCUCAAGAUCUACAACGCUUUUAAGAGCUUUAGUUUAGAGUUGGUGAGUAUUGGUGGGAUUUUGGUGUUGGGGACAGCAGUUGCAGUUAUGGGUACCUAUAUUUCUCUUAGGCAGAUUGCAGCUCAAUUGUGAAACAUUACAAUUCAGAAUGUGGGGUAGCCAUUCCUU